AUCUCCAAGGAUGAAUCUCGUUCUCAUGAAAUUAAUGAUGAUAAAUCUGAUCUAAUAGGAAACUACGAGUAAAAUUCAGCUACAAUUACUUCCACAUAAAAUCCCCAAACUAUUUAUCUCUGCGACAAACGUGGCACGUAUAGAAUGUUCCACGUCAUAGAAUUCAAGUACAACAUGAGGUAGAGGAACCCCCUCUUUCUCUCUCAAUCUCAAACGCAAUCACGUUAUUUGCCGCGGAAGCUAUUGACUGGUUCAAACUGAAAGAUCCUCCUUCACAGUUUACUCCAACAAACACACACUCACUGUGUAUCUCUAUCUCAUUAAAAUUAUUGUGUCUUCGUCUUAGCCUCGACUGGAGAAUCAAUUUGCCAGCGACGCCGUUUAGGAUCACCAUGGGCCAGAUCCUCGACAAAUUUCAGGGUAAGCAGUGGAGGAAAAAGCAAAUAAGAUUGAUAACGGACAAGGUCUUUAAUCGCGUCAAAAAUCAAACUGGGAGGGCUAAUCUGUCAUUUGAAGACCUUUACAUUGCUGUCCUGCUUGUCUACAAUGAUAUCAAUAAGCACUUGCCCGGACCCCAUUUUGAUCCACCCUCCAAAGAUCAAGUCAGAGAUAUGAUGAAGGAAUGUGACUUCAACCUUGAUGGGGAAAUUGACCAUGAAGAAUUUGUGAAGUUUAUUCAGAAGAUAACUGCAGACACAUUCAUUGUUGUUAGUCAAGGACUACUGGUCACUUUGGUUGUAGCACCCACAGUAGCAAUGGCAACAAAGAGAGCUACAGAAGGUGUCCCAGGCGUUGGAAAGGUGGUGCAAAAACUACCCAACUCAAUAUAUGCCUCUCUUGUUACUCUUGCAAUCGUUUGGUUCCAAACUUCUGGCCAGGGGCUUGACUAGAGACUUCUGUUCUGUGCUUCCAAAAUUAUUGUGUACUGCUGUAUCAUGCACAAUCUCCUCGUUAGGUGUUUUGCUUCAUAUUCAUGUAGUGGAGUGUUGCAUUGUUUAUAUCUUAAUAAUUGAGACGAUGACAUCGCUACAAAUGGAUAUGCAUUUUAUAUAUAUACAGAGUCUACCAAUUUUAUUAGCCUUUCCCCCUUUCUUUCCCUUGUAAUUCUAUGAUAUGAUGUUAACAUUUUUCCAGUUUGCUCGGUCGUA